AUGCCACGGAAAGAAAGUCCAGUUAAUACAAAUACUCCACAUGCACAAAGGAUGAAGCUUGCUGCAGAUGGAGAUCCAAAUCAAGUUGGUCGUCGCAUUGUGCUUCCAGCGACCUAUACUGGUGGUCCUCGAUACCUUCAUGAAAAAAGGUCAGAUGCGAUGGCCUUUGUGAGACACUACGGAAGAGCAGAUUACUUUAUCACUAUGACAUGUAAUCCACGUUGGCCCGAAAUUGUUGACAAUUUGGCUCCCGGACAAGAGAGUCAUGAUCGACCAGAUAUUGUUGCGAGAGUCUUCAGAUUAAAAGUGAAAAAGUUUAUGGAACAUAUGAAGAAGGGAAAAUUUGGUACUUUACAAGCAUGGCUGUACACCAUUGCUUACCAGAAGAGAGGUUUACCCCAUGCGCACUUUCUUUUCUGGAUAGCUCCAGAGCACAAAAUCAAAGCCGAAGAAUAUGAUUUGGCAAUUUCUGCAGAAAUCCCUAAAAAAGAGCAAGAUAAAGAACUACAUGAUCUGGUCAUGAAACACAUGAUCCAUGGCCCAUGUGGUCCCCUAAAUGAAGGUUCCCCAUGUAUGGUCGACAGAAAAUGUUCCAAACAAUUUCCCAAAGAUUUCCUACAAGCUACUGAACAAGGGAAUGACUCCUAUCCAAAAUAUAGAAGGAGAAAGCCAGAAGAUGGAGGUCACAUUGGCAAGAUCAAAAUGAGACAAUAUGGACGUCAAGUUGAGCAAGAAAUCACCAAUCAAUGGGUAGUGCCUUACAAUACAUAUUUGUUGCGACAAUUCAACUGUCAUAUCAAUGUUGAAAUCUGCUCAUCAAUUCAUUCAAUCAAGUAUUGCAUCAAAUACAUAUCAAAGGGGUCAGAUCAAGCUGUUUUUGAGUUACAAAAUGCUGCACAAGUCAAUAGUCAAGAACCACAGGUGAUUGAUGAAAUCAGCCAAUACCAAAACAUGAGAUAUGUGUCAUCAUCAGAAGCAGCAUGGCGGAUUCUUGAGCAUCCUACACAUGUGCAUUUCCCACCAGUUGUUGGUUUGGCAAUUCAUCUUGAGAAUGGACAAAGAGUGCUCUUUCGUGAAGAAAAUGCAUUAGAGAGAGCUGUUGGCCCUCCACCUCCUACAACUUUGACACGUUUUUUCCAGCUCUGCCAAGAUGAUGACUUUGCAAAGACAUUGAAGUAUGCUGAACUCCCACAAUAUUACAUUUGGAUUAAAAGUACAAAGAAAUGGAAUCGUCGCAAGAGAGGUACUUUGAUUGAUGGAGUUAAUGAGAAUGGCCCGGUUUGGAAGGCUCCGGCCAUUGGCAGGAUGUACACAAUCAGCCCAAGAGUUGGAGAGUGUUAUUUUUUGAGACUUCUGAACGAAGUGAGAGGACCAACUUCAUUCCAAGAUCUAAAAAUAGUUGAUGGCAUUCUAUGCACAACAUUCAGAGAAGCUUGCCUUGCCAGGGGGCUUUUGGAGAAUGAUGACCAUUUACGACUUGCCAUGCAAGAAGCAAGAAUUUCUCAGUCACCUGCAAACAUGAGAUGCCUCUUUGCCAUAAUUUUGAUAACAUGUUCGCCAAGUAAUCCAGCAGAGCUUUGGGAGAUAUUCAAAGAAACAUUGUCAGAAGAUUAUUUAAUGCAACAUCGCAGGUCUAUGAAUGAUCCAGAUGCUCCAGUCUCAGAUUUAAUUGUCAAUCAAGUUUUGUGUCAUUUGGAAUACAAAGUUCUCAUGAUGGGAGGACAUGUUUUGACAACAUAUGGCUUACCAAGAGCACCCCAUGUUGAUAAUGAGCAGCUUUGUCGUGAAUACAGACGUGAGACCAACUACAAUCAGGAGGAGUUGGCAGUUCAGGUUGAUGAACAAUAUCAAAAAUUGACAGAGGAUCAAAGGAGUGCUUAUACAGCAUUUUUGGAGAUGGUGAAUGGUGAAAGAGAAGAUCAUAAAAACAUUAUGUUUCUUGAUGCACCUGGAGGAACAGUUACUCGAAACUCUAACAUGGCCAAAGUAAUACGGGAAACAAAAGCAAUAAUUGUUGAUGAAGCCCCCAUGGCUCAUAAGACUGUUUUUGAAGCUAUUGAUGGAACUUUACAAGACAUCACAGGUGUCAAGAAGACAAUGGGUGGUAUUCAAACUCUACUAUCAGGGGACUUCCGUCAAAUUUUGCCUGUUGUGAAAAUGGAACAAGAGCAAACAUUGUUGAUGCAAGUUUAA